AUGCUUGAUCUUGUGUCGGAGAUUUUCUCGCGCUAUUGUUUAAUAAUGUUACUCGUCCUGGGUACUAUUGGUUUAACAUUCAAUACACUGAUAUUUACUCGUCAAACAUUUCGGCAAACUUCGUGCGUACAUUACUUUCUAGCGUCAACAGUUGCCAAUUAUUUCGUUGUAUUCUUUAUUCUACCAUCACGAAUUCUGUCUGAUGGAUUCAGCAUCGAUCCAGGUCAAUAUAACCUAUUCUAUUGUAAAAUACGAUUUUACACAUAUUUCACUGCGAAAUCACUAUCAUCUUGGUUUAUUGUUCUCGCAUGCUUUGACCGACGGAUGUCAAGCUCGCAGAACGUUCAUCUACGAGCAUUUGCACGUCCAUCCGUGUCACGUUUGACAAUAGUGAUAACGACAUUCAUCGGUCUUAUUUUCUACGCGUACGUCCUGUACUUCUAUGAAAUUGGCCCCAAUCGAAGCUGUGAUUCGCGUCCAGGCUUCUACAGUGUAUUCAACGAUAGUGUCUAUCUCAUUGGAUACAGUAUAACUCCACCUUUACUAAUGCUAAUAUUCGGUAUCUGGACAAUAACAAAUACCAGACGUCUUCGUCGAAUAGCUCCUCGUGGUCGACGCAUCUCGAUUCUAAAUAAACGCGAUCAUACAUUGAUGCUAAUGCUCUUUCUUCAAGUUAUUUUCAUAACUGUAACCACUGUACCGCAUGCAGUACAAAAGUUGUACUCCACAUUAACGAUUGAUGUACCAAAAGAUGACUAUACUAAAGCAGCUGAUAAUGUUUUCAUAGUUGUUGUUCGGGCCGUGUCGUUUUUCAACCAUUCCUGUACAUUCUAUAUCUUAACUUUAAGUGGGAAAAUGUUCCGAGAAGAAUUAUAUCGAAUUUUAAGGAAGAUGACAUGUCGAAGACCGUUGCAAGCAACUCGCAAUAAUCAACAUUUGAGAACGUUAACACAUGCGAUCAAAUGUACGGCUGCCGAUCGUCCAGUGCAAGUCAAAGAACGAACAGCAAAACAAAACGUACCAUAA